UAAAAAUUAUAAGAUAUAAUUAUGAACGUCGGUACUCAUGUUAGUGAUGAUUGUGUAACAGAAUUCAAUAAACUUAAACUUGGUAAAUAAUACAGAUAUUUGACCUUUAAAUUAAACAAUGAAACAAAUGAAGUAAUUAUCAUAAUUUAUUUUUAGAUUGUAGUUGACCAUGUUGGUGAAAGAGAUAGCAGUUAUGCUGAAUUUGUUAGUCGUCUCUAAAAUGAAGUAUAAAUAAAAUAUUAUUUUCUUAGUCAAGAUAUGCAGUUUACGAUUAUCAUGCAUAAACUGAUGACGUUCCACCAAGAUAAGUUGAGAAAUUAGUUUUUAUAUUUUGGUCACCAGAUGCCAAUCAACCAGUUAAAUAAAAAAUGUAAUAUGCCGCAGCAAAAGAAGCUUUAAAGAAGAAAUUGAGUGGAUUUUCGAAAGAAAUUUAAGCUAACGAUCCAUCUGAAGUCGAAGAAGCAGAAAUGCGUAAAUUAGUAUUAAAUUGAAUAACAAUAAUCACAAAAUAAAUAACAUUUUAACCAAAC